AAAACACUUCCUAGUUACUUUGUCGGUUGGCUUCCUUUGCCUGUCAGCUGUGCUGUCUAUAACAACAAUAACUGCUACGAAGAUAUUUGUAUUGCGAAGUCACUCGCUGAGUCAACAGGACAAGUCCCAGAGGAAAGAAGGAAGACUUGAAGACAGCAUUGUUCAUCUCAGAUGAAAAGGAGAGACAGGUGACGCACAAUGGAGGAUUUCAGGCAGGCGUACCUGCGUCUGUGUAAGGAGGGCGGUGCGGAGCCUCAGGAGAGUGUUUUGGCUCAGCUCCAGGAGAGCAGGGCUGCUCAGGGCUCCAGACUGGACCUGAGUGGACACAGCCUGUCUGCAGAUACCUGCUCUGUGCUGGCCAGGGCCUUCCAAAAUGAUACCGGCUUUACAGAGGUGGUGCUCAGUGACUGCAUGCUCAGCGAGGAAGGUGCCAAAGUACUUCUGACUGGACUGUUUGGCAACACAACUGUAAAAGUCCUGGAUCUGAAGGGAAAUAACCUGAGAUCGACAGGGGCAGAGAUGUUGGGAAAGCUGUUGGCACGUAACAAUACUCUGCGUAGGCUGGUGUUGGAGUGGAACGCUUUGGGAGUGUGGGACGAAGCCUUCUCACUCUUUUGUGAUGGUUUGGCGUCCAACAGCGUGCUGACACAGCUGGACCUGCGCAACAAUCAGAUCAACCACCACGGAGCGUCUGAGCUCGCUCUAGCUCUUAAACGCAACACCACGGUGCAGGUGCUAGAUCUGAGGUGGAACAACAUUGGUCUGCUGGGUGGCAGGACUUUGUUGGAGGCUCUGCAGAAGAACCAUAGCAUAGUGCAGCUGGAGAUGGCAGGGAACAACAUACCUAGUGACACACUCAAAGCACUUGAGCAGACCACAGGACACAACUCGGACAGACAGUCCACCCUGAGAGAGAGCCGCAGCAGGACCCAGGUACUCAGCAAGGAGAUUCAGACACUAAAGGAGGAGAAGGGCCGGCAGUACCUUAGCCUGAUGAAUACCAUAGAUAGGCAGAGGGAGGAGAUGGGACGCUCCAACGGGGCCACCUCCAUUCAGAUAGGGCAACUCCAGGAAGCUCUGAAUGAGAGGAAGUCAGCUGUCAACUCCCUCACUGCGAAACUUCAGAUGACAGAGGCUGCCCUCGCCCUCUCGGAGCAGAAAAACCACAACAUGGGAGAGCUGCUGACCCGAGUGAAGGCUGAGAAAGAAGAACAAAGGGAACGACAGAGCAGAGAGAGGAAGAAGGAGCAAGAGGACAGUGCUCACCGAGAGGGCAAACUCCUCCGAGAGAUCCAAAACCUGAUAGAAACCAACGCCCAACUCAUGAAUAAAGUGGAGGAGAAGGAGCGGAGGUGUAAGUCUCAGCAGCAGCAGAUCUUUGAGCUGAAGCAGGAGCUGACCAAUAGCAUGGCAGAGCUCAAGCUGCAGCUCACACAGGCAGAAGACCGUCUGGAAAUAGAGAAGCGAAGGUCCAAGCAAGCCCUGCAGGACAUGGACAGUCUCCGCCAGAAAGAGGUGGAGCAUAUGACUCGACAUCUAGAAGAGAGCGAGAGGGCUCUGCAGGAACGCAUCUUCAAGCUGGAGGGACAGCGGAUACAACUGGAAGAGGAGCUGAGUAAAGCUAAAGCAGCGUGUGUGACAGAGAGGGCCCAGGCAGAGGAGGAACUGGGAAGAGUGCGAGCUCAAGCUCGUCUGGAGGAGCAGGAACUUGUGUCGGGCCUGGAGGAGAAGCUUCGCUCAGUGCGUUCCAACCUACAGGAGGUCCAGCUCCACUGCUCCCAGCAGAAACAGACCAUCUCUGAGCUGCAGGCCAAGAACAGCCAGCAGGGCAGCGAGAUAAAUGCAAUGCGGCGCAGGACGGAGGAGCUCCAGCAGGACCUGUCCGCUAAGGACCAGGAGAAGGUGGCUGAAGUAAGCCGGGUGAAGGUGGAACUGCAGGAGCAGAUUGGACAUUUACAGGCAGAAAGAACGGCACAGGGAGGACUCAAAGAGAAGAUCAGUGCUCUGGAGAGAGAGAUUAAAGUACUAAGCAGUAACCACAGAGAGGUGCUCCUGGACAAAGAGAGUGAGAUGUCUUCCAUGCUGGAGAAGCUGCGGCUGAAAGAGGCGGAGAUCCAGAGGAUGAGGGAAGACGAAGCCAACAGAGCCAGCUACCUGCAGAGCGCCAUCCUCACCUACGUUCAGGGCUCUCCUCUGGGACACUACAGCAGUCCCAAAAAAUGACCCACAGACCUCGACCCUCUCAGCUGUAAGCUCUGAGCUCUCGCACACUUCCUGCACAGGUCAGCAUGGUCUGAAGA